UAUUAAAUUCACACAGAGAUGCUUCAUGUUUUAUGCUAAUGAGCCUAAAUGGACCAAACAUUAAAUAUUUUAUUUUUUUCUGCUCCAGUUUUUCAGUUGAAAUAUUUUCAGGUUUUAGUUUUUAUUUGUUGUGAAUUUAAUCCCAGUAAUUUGACUCCGGCUCCGCUCCCAGUCUCUGAUCCAGUUCCUCCGCUUGGAUCCGCCCGCCGGGUUUUCCGACCGGCCGCGUCCAGAGGUCACCGAGGUCACUGCGGUCAGGAAGCCGCCAUGUUGGACUUCUUCUGGCUGGAAGCGGAACCAUGAGCUGCCGAGGGGUCCAGAAGCUCCUGCAGGGAGCCGGUUCUGGUCCGGCAGGGUGGACCCGGACCCCCUGCUGCUGCAGGCUCAGAUAUGGACCCUGCAGGGCCCGGUCCGGACCCGGUUCUGGAUCCGGACCCGGAUCUGGGUCAGGCAGCAUGAAUGUGUUCAACAGGGAGAUGAAGAGGAGGCAGAAGAACUGGGCCGCGGUUCUGCAGGACGGACACCAGUACGACUACCUGAGAGAAGAGGUGAAACUGGGGUUCGGUUCGGUUCGGUUCGGUAUUCAGGUUGGCAGUCGAGUGGCUGAUCGGGUUUAUGAUGUCGCCAGGUCGUUUCCCCUGGUUCUGGACCUGGGAGGAGGAAAAAGUUACAUAGCAGAACAUCUGAGCAAGGAAGUGGUUCAGCGUUUGGUUCUGACUGACGUCUCCCAGCAGGCUCUGAAGCUGGGCCGGCGGUCGGACAUUCCCACCCGGAGCGUUGUGGCUGAUGAGGAGUUCCUGCCGUUCAGGGAGAACAGCUUCCACCUGGUGGUCAGCAGCCUCAGCCUCCACUGGAUCAACGACCUUCCCAGGGUGCUCAGCGAGCAGAUCCAUCGGGUCCUGAAGCCGGACGGCGUCUUCAUCGGCGCCAUGGCGGGCGGCGACACGCUGUACGAGCUGCGCUGCUCGCUGCAGCUGGCCCAGUCGGAGCGGGAGGGCGGCUUCUCGCCCCACGUCUCCCCCUACACCGCCGUCACCGACCUGGGGAACCUGCUGGGCCGGGCCCGCUUCAACAUGCUCACCGUGGACGUCGAUGAUGUUCAGGUUCAUUAUCCAGGAAUCAUGGAGCUCAUGACGGACCUGCAAGGCAUGGGGGAGAGUAACUGCGCGUGGAACAGGCGCUCCAUGCUGCACCGCGACACCAUGCUAGCAGCUGCAGCCGUCUACAAAGAGAUGUACGGAAACCCGGACGGGUCAGUUCCCGCCACCUUCCAGAUCCUCUACAUGAUUGGCUGGAAGCCUCACGAGUCCCAGGCCAAGCCGGCCCGCCGCGGCUCCGCCACCGUGUCCUUCAGAGAUCUGGCCAAGGUCAGCCGACCCGACGGCGCCGACCAGUCCUAGGGUCAUGACCUCACCGGGUCAGGCGUCCAGGAGAAAGAGGUUCUGGUUCUGGUUCUGACUGUAAAUGUUGUAUAGAAAUCUGUUUCUGCUAAAUAAACUGAGUAGUGAAGGAAA